GUGUGUGAAUGUGGCAACCGAGGUAGACAGGGAGGGGUAGAUAGACUGACCAGACCUGGGAUUUUUGUAUUUUUCCUUAAUUUUUCUUUUCCUACUGAGCAAAGGGUUCACAGUUUAUGUGACGCCUCGGUUGUUAACUUGUUCGUAGACGUGAAACCCCGACCGCUACUGCCUUUCUCUGGGACUUACCGUUACCGUGAAACAGCCCAGAAGAAAGAAGGGAGAAACAACAUGGGGCGAUAAUAAAAAAGGUGUUGUGUUAUGAACCGACGAUGACUCUCUGGGAAGAUCCGUGAAGCCUAUUUAUUUUUAUUUAUUCCCCCCCUCCUCUCUUUCCCUUGUGUCCAUCUUUUGUUGUUUUAUUUUUGAAUUUUCUGCCCCCCUUGCUACUUCGGGAGGUUGUUUUUAAAAGGAAAAGGAUACGUUACAAGAGGACUGAAGGAUGGACCAAGCCGGCAUCCUGAGAAAGUUUAUCCAGAGGGUGAAGGCCAUGAGCGAGGGGGACGAGGAGAGGGGAGAGGACAACUUCGGCAGCGACUUUAUGAGGUUACGGCGGUUAUCGACUAAAUACCGCACAGAGAAGAUCUACCCCACCAACGUAGGAGAGAAGGAGGAGAAUGUCAAGAAGAACAGAUAUAAAGAUAUACUGCCAUUUGACCACACCAGGGUGAAGCUGACGUUAAAAACAACCAAUAAUGACUCGGAUUACGUCAAUGCUAACUUCAUCAAGGGUAUGGAUGGCCCGGAGGCGUAUAUUGCAACUCAGGGCCCCCUGCAGAACACUGUCAUCGACUUCUGGAGGAUGAACUGGGAGUAUAAUGUAGCUGUUAUUGUGAUGGCUUGUCGAGAGUUUGAAAUGGGAAGGAAAAAGUGUGAGCGGUAUUUCCCGCUGCUUGGGGAGGAGCCAAUGAGUUUUGGCCCCUUCAGAAUCUCCUGUGAGUCAGAGCAGGCCAGAACAGACUACUUUAUCAGGACUUUGACCGUGGAGAAUGAGAAUGAAAACCGGAGGCUAACACAGUUCCAUUAUAUGAACUGGCCGGAUCACGACGUCCCCUCAUCGUUUGACUCCAUACUGGAUAUGAUCGCACUGAUGAGGGAAUACCAAGAGAACGAUGAUGUUCCUAUAUGUGUGCACUGCAGUGCAGGCUGUGGGAGGACGGGUGCUAUCUGUGCUAUCGACUACACAUGGAACCUCCUGAAAGCUGGGAAAAUACCAGAAGAUUUUAAUGUUUUUCGGUUGAUCCAAGAGAUGAGGACGCAACGACACUCUGCUGUUCAGACCAAGGAGCAGUACGAGUUGGUUCACAGAGCGAUCGCCCAGCUCUUUGAAAAACAACUGCAGCUACUGGAGAGCCCCGCCAACACGCAGAUACACGAUGGCAUGGAGGAAAACAGUCCAGAUAAAACAAGCCAGCAGUCAGAUGAGGAGAGAUGGGACACCCCGCCUCCAAAACCUCCACGCAUACGCAGUGCCCAGGCAGAAGGGGAUGUGAAGGAGGAGAUACUGCAGCCGCCUGAGCCUCACCCCGUCCCCCCCAUCCUGACCCCGUCUCCCCCGUCAGCCUUCCCCACCGUCACAAACGUACGGCAGGACAACGACCGCUACCACCCCAAACCUGUCAUCCACGUCCUGGCUACACAGAAUAAAGACGCCGACCAGCAGCAGAACAAAUCUGAGCCCAGUCUAAACAAGCAGAGCAGUCCCUCAGAGCAGAAAGACCAAAAUCUACAAAGUGGAAAACAGCCGACUCAGGUCUCAAAUCUAGAUCUCAACGACAACUAUAACAACAAAUCAACAUCCAGUAAAUCGGACUCGGGCCAGAGCCAGACGCAGACCCCCUCCUCGCCGCUCUCCCCGGCUGUUUUAGAAUGUUCCGGCGUUCCUCGGAUCGAGAGGAAGCUGAGCAUUGAGAUUAAAAAGGUGCCGUUACAGGAAGGACCUCGUAGUUUUGACACUUCCUCCUCCAUGGGGGUAGCAGGCGGAGCGGGCAGCGGCUCAGCCAAUAACGCAGGAGCGCUGCAGAGAAGCCACGCCUUCAAAGCCCGCUCUGGCCAAUCCCUGCUCACGUCUAGCUCUUCGCUGUCGGAGGACUCGGGCACGGAGGGAGGAGCGGGUGGGUGUGGGGACGGUCCUGCAGAGGGGGGGGUCCUCACCAGACCAAACCACCUCCCUGUGAAGAGCGAGAAGGGGGAGACACUCGGGGGGGAGAAACUGGACGUGAAGGGUGGCCAUGCAGCGUGGAGUCAGGCCUGCAACAGUCCUGACAAACACUUCCCCAAAACCUCCUCCUCGUCUUCCUCCUCAGACCGCGCCGCUCCCUCCUCCUCCUCCUCCUCCCACCUCUCCUCCUCCUCUUCCUCCUCCUCCUCCACUCCUGUUAGGACUGCCCUGAGCUUCACCAACCCCCUGCACUCGGAUAACUCGGACGAGGAGGGGGACAGCGAGAUGUCCGGAGGAAACGAGGGUUACCGUACUAAUGUAUCCAUGGCAACAGCCGUGGUAACAGCAUCCCCUCACCAUGGAGACCAGCUGCCGGUCCGGAAGGUGUCGUCCAUGUCCAUCGCAGGGCAGGGGUCUCCGUCAGCCACAGCAAACUGCUGGGACAGCGACGACUCCCCUCCCCCCCUCCCUGCGAGAACCCCUGAGUCCUUCCUGCUGGCCACAGACCCCCUGGAGGUGAAGUCGUCAGCCUCGGCAGAGUGGAGCGGUUCAAAUAAAGAUGUGUCAGAGUGUGUUAAGAAGACCUCUCCAGCUGACCCCACAUCUACUGGCACCACGGCAACAGACAGCAAGGCAGAGCUGGGUGGGGUUCGGUAACCGCUGCAUUCAGCCCAAAGGCCCUCGGGAACCCCCCCUGGAGUGGACAUGAUGGAACGACCCAUCCCCCCGUCCACCUACAGUGUCCUCCCCCGUCAGGAGAUGGACUCUACCGAUCUCACCUGGCUGGUCCAAAACCCUAGUUAAUAGAUGCUACAGACAGAGGGCACGCUUUACAUAGAAGCACCUUCUCUGUGCUCCUCAUCCUCAUCUUCCUCCUCCUCCUCCUCCUCCUCCUCCUCCUCCUCCUCCUCAGUCCUUCCUCAAAGUGCCACUGUGCAAAGCAGAAGAACACUCACUGGUCAAGUGUCCACGUUUUCCUGUUCAGCUUGCUGAUGUUAGAAGUUUUCCCCGCUCUAGAUGCUGACCUGAGAUCUGUCUUGUUAUUCUCCUGUUCAUGGUUAAAGAACAACUCCUGUUUUCCCCUGUUUUUGGUGGAUUGAGAAUAGAUUUUUUUAAAGCGUCUUGUUGUGUCCCUCGCUUCGAUUGCAUCAUAAGAAAUGUCCGGGGCUAAAUAACGAGGGAUGUAAGUGUUACCCUAACAUGUUAAAUGGAACAUUUCUUUCACGCCAAAUGAGGGGAAAAGUAUGAUUGUUCAUCCUCAAUCAGGACUGAUCUUUAAUCAGAGAAGUGUGGGAGCUGACUGAGGUUGAACUGAACUCCCUGAAGGGUCUGCUUCCUCCUACUGAAUGAACAACAAUCUUCAAAGCGAACCGAGAUAAUCUGUUACCCACGAUGCAACCUUUUCUGUUGGGUAUGCACAGGUUGCCGGGGUUCUCUCGCUCUCUCCCUCUCUCCCACUUUCUGUGUGCUGGUGCUACAUUAUAAAAGAUCAGCAUAGAAACAGAGCACCCAUGCCCCCCCCCCCCCCCCCCCCCCCAUCAGGGUUUCUGGGCGGGUUUAUUCCUGUGUUAGCUGCAGUAUUUCAUAUUUCUAUGCUGACCUCCCUUUUCCCCAGAGUCAUAGGUUGAUGUAGUUCGGUCAUUGCAGUUGUCAGUAACAGCCGAAUUAAAGGAAUUGUUCUUCAUUUUUAGGAAAAAUAAUAAUUUUUUACUGAUGCAAAGUUUACACCAUUAUUUCUCUGCAUUUGUACACAGAGGCUGUUAGCUUAGCUUAGCAUAAAGACUAGACACCCGAAGAUAUGUUUUCCCCUUCUAGAGCCUGGCAAGCUUUUUAUCCAGCGUUUAUGCAAGCUAAGCUAACCAGCUGCUAUCUGUAGCUUGAGAUAUGAGAGUGGAAUCAAACUUCUCCUCUAACUCUGUGCAAGAAAGUAAGCAGUUGCAGUUUCCAAAUUGUCGAACUGUUCCUUUAAAUAUCUGCUUACUCUGUAUUUGUCAUGUGGCGAUGGAAAACAAAUCUUAAAGGAGAGGUGUCAUGCUUUUCCGGUUAUUACCCGUCCCCUUGUGUGUUAUGAAGGUUUUUAUGCAUGUAAACGGUGUGCAGAGUCAAAACCCU